AUGACGACGCCAACCACAUUCACAUGCUUCAACAGCCUGCCGAAGGAGCUCCGGCUCAUCGUGUGGGAGUAUUACUUCCAGAGCCCGCGCAUGCUGGUCAUCCACCCGGCGCCCGAGAGCUUAGGUCGCAGCCCGCCGCGCGAGGUCCUGCUGUUCAACUGCACCGUGCUGGACGCAGGCACCAACCGGGUCGUGCCGGGGGGUCCGCCGCCCUCGUUUCUCGCCAACCGCGAGGCGCACUCGGUGGCCGCGAGCCUGCACCUGCUCUCGCCGCAGGGCAACCGCAACCGCAGCGACGACCCUAACAACGACACCACCACUGACAACAACAAUGCCCUCGACGGCACGCGCCCCUACAACGGUGUCACUAACGACGGCAACAGCUUUCGCCACCAUGAUAGACUGGAGCAGCACACGACGCUCGCGCACAGGAUCCUCCAAGCGCAAGCGCAAGCUACGCAACCGCCCUCGGUCAGUCACCUGCAGUCCAAGAACCUAGCCUACGACCUCGUGAAGCCGUACGUGGAGCAGCGGCCCCUCGGUGACGGCGAGACGCUGUCAGAGGGCCAGAUCGAGGCCAUCUCCAACAUCCCGCACUUCGGCGCCUGGCGCGCCGGCGCCGGCUGCCGCCCCGUGCACGUCGACUGGGCCGAGGACCUACUGUACCUGUCGGUGCCCAACGCCGAGCAGGCCUUCUGGUCGCUGCGGUACGCGACGGGCUGGCGCGACCACGUGCGCCGUUUGGCGGUUCUCGUGCCCGAGAGCUUCUUCGAGGACGGCUCGCGGAGACCGAUCCCCUUUGGUCCUGCGCAGUUCAUCCGCGAGGUCCUGGAGCGCAUGGCGGCGCUCGACGAGCUGUUCAUCGUGCUCGUGCCGCUGCCCGGGGGUGCGGUCGUCAAGGCGGGAGCGGAGGAUGGUGGGAAGCCUGGUGGAGGAGGAGAUGAUGGCGCAGCGGCGGCGGGCCAGAAGAAGAAGAAGCAGCAGCAGCAGCAGGAGGACAAGGAAGCAAAGCAGCGCGCAGGAAUGAAGCGCAACGCCUUCGGCUUCGUCUCGUACGUCGACUAUCUCAAGAAGGUCAAGGUGGCCAACAACCACAUGGGCUAUGCGCGUGCAGCGCUAUCAUUCCAGCAGGCGCUGCCGCACAUUCCGCGGCCCAUCCGGUUCCACAAGGUCGUCGAUGUCGAUCGCGUCUCGUCGGGCUACGGCGAGUAUCGGAGAUGCCAGAGGUAG